AUGGAAGAGAUGAUGAAAAAUAUGAUGGGUGAUAUGCAGAAGAUGAUGAUAGACCAGCAGAAGUUGAUAGCAGAUAAUCAGAAUCACGAUUUGGCUGUGCGGAAUUUAGAGAGGCAGAUGGGACAGAUAGCUGGUGCACAAAAUACUAGACCACAUGGAGGACUUCCAAGUGAUACAGAUGUGAAUCCCAAGCCUUGUAAUGCUGUGACUCUUCGAAAUGGGAGAGAACUAGAGGAGGUGGCUCCGAAGAAAACCAAUCGAGUAGAAGCAGAAAAAGAGAAGAUCACCGAGGAGAUGAUUGAAGAAGAGAGGGUAGUCAAGACACCAGUGACAAAGCAGCCACAGCCCGUGGUUGCAAAGCCACCACCUCCAUUCCCUCAAUGUCUGGCAAGGCAGAAAGAAGAGGCGACUUACAAGAAGUUUCUUGAUUUGCUUAAGCAAGUACACGUGAAUGUCCCAUUAGUUGAUAUGCUGCAGGGUAUUCCAAAGUAUGCUAAGUACAUCAAAGAUAUUGUUGCAAACAAAAGCCAUUUCGCAGAGUAUGCCACUGUUGCACUUACUGAGGAGUGCACUUCGCGGAUUCAAAACAGGUUGCCCACUAAAUUGAAAGAUCCCGGAAGUUUCACGAUUGAGAUUUCUAUUGGGAAGAAGGUUGUUGCUCGAGCACUAUGUGAUCUUGGUGCAAGUAUAAACCUGAUGCCUUCAUCUAUCUUCAGAAAGCUAGACUUCGUGAUUUUGGAUUUUGAGCCAGACCCGGAAGUCACAUUUAUUUUGGGGCGUCCAUUCUUAGCCACAGGGAGAGCACUUAUUGAUGUAGCUGCCAGGCAGCUCACUAUGAGAGUACAUGAUAAAGUUGAGGUCUUCAAUGUAUACCAAGCUCUGAAGAUGCCUGCAAUCUAUGAGGAGCUAUCCGCCAUUACUGUUUUGAAUGAAGAUACACGAAGGCCACUCAUCACUUCUCAUGAUCCAUUGGAGAGAGACUUGGUGGGGGAUGAUAUGUUUCGUGACACGGCGCAGUUUGAGAUGGUGCAGAUUCUAGAUAUGGCAAGUAUUUAUAUUCAGGCAGGCAAGUUUGAGCACUUAGACAGGACAAUGGGAGUAACUCCGAAGUUAUCAAUUGAAGAGCCUCCGAAGUUGGAAUUGAAGCCUUUGCCCGCCCAUCUUAAAUAUGCAUUCUUAGGCGAGGGUGAUACUUUGCCAGUGAUAUUGGCAGCAAAGUUGACCACCGAAGAGGUUAGUAUAUGUUUAGGAGUAUUGAAGUCUCACAAAAGGGCAUUGAGGUGUCAAAUAUCUGAUAUUCAGGGAAUCAGCCCCGCGCUAUGCAUGCACAAGAUACUCAUGGAGGGUGAUCAUAAGCCUAGCGCACAGCAUCAACGGAGACUGAAUCCGGUGAUGAAGGAGGUUGUCAAGAAAGAGGCAAUCAAGUGGUUAGAUUCAGGCAUUAUUUUCCCCAUUUCAGACAACAAAUGGGUGAGCCCGGUGCAAUGCGUCCCGAAGAAAAGAUGGAUGACAGUUGUGACAAAUGACAACAACGAGCUCAUCCCUACUAGAACAAUCACUAGAUGGAGAAUUUGCAUGGAUUAUCGCAAGUUGAACGAGGCAACCAGAAAGGAUCACUAUCCCAUUCCCUUCAUAGAUCAAAUGCUUGACAGGUCUAAAGAAGAGAUUGGUAACCGCACCAAUAAUCAUUGCACCAGACUGAACUUGCCAUUCGAGUUGAUGUGUGAUGCAAGUGACAAUGCUCUGGGGGCUGUGUUGGGACAACGACGAGAGAAAGUUUUUCAUUCUAUCUACUAUGCUGGCAAUAUGUUAGACGCUGCCCAAAUGAAUUACACUGUGACAGAGAAGGAGCUGCUAGCUGUGGUUUAUGUGUUUGAUAAGUUUCGGUCCUAUCUCGUUGGGACACAUGUUAUUGUCUAUACAGACCACGCAACCAUUCGCUACUUGUUCAGCAAGAAGGAUGCUAAACCCAGGUUGAUUCGGUGGAUUCUCCUUUUGCAGGAAUUUGAUAUUGAGAUUAAGGAUCGUAAGGGAGCUGACAACCAAGUCGCAGACCACUUGUCUAGAUUGGACAACCAUAAUCAUUUUGUGGAGGACGUCCAAAUUCGAGAGUCGUUCCCUGAUAAGCAGCUAUUUGCUAUUCCCGCGGCCGAAGUCCCAUGGUAUGCUGAUAUUAUGAAUUUGAUAGUAAGUGGGGUGUACCCCCCAGAAGCCACCUCACAGCAGAGAAAGAAGUUGUAUCAUGACUCCCGGUUUUACAUAUGGGAUGAGCCGUACUUAUUCAAGCAAGGGACUGAUCAGUUAGUGCGGAGAUGCAUUCCACAGACCGAGGUGAAUCAAGUGUUGGAGAGUUGUCAUUCUUCUCCAUAUGGAGGGAACUUUCAGGGUGAUCGUACUGCUGCUAAGGUUUUACAAUUUGGCUUAUAUUGGCCCACUCUUUUCAAAGAUGCUCAUGCAUUUGCUAGAAGUUGCAACAGAUGCCAACGAACGGGAAACAUCUCUAAGAGGCACGAGAUGCCUUUGACAAACAUAUUGGAGGUAGAAAUAUUUGACGUCUGGGGCAUCGAUUUUAUGGGUCCCUUCCCACUAUCCUUCGGUAACAAGUACAUUCUGCUUGCUGUCUACUAUGUUUCAAAAUGGGUAGAGGAAGUGCCUCUCCCAACCAAUGAUGCGAAGGUGGUGGUAAAUUUGCUGCAAAAGAACAUAUUCGCAAGGUUUGGAACCCCGCGGGCAAUGAUUAGUGAUGGUGGUGCUCACUUCUGCAACAGCUUGUUGAAGAACCUUCUAGCAAAGUAUGGGGUGAACCAUAAAGUCUCUACAGCUUACCACCCACAGACAUGUGAACAGGUAGAGGUCUCGAACAGAGAAGUGAAGCAAAUCCUAGAGAAGACCGUGAAUUCUCAGAGGAAGGACUGGGCAAUGAAGUUGGAUGACGCCUUGUGGGCGUAUCGCACAGCAUAUAAAACCCAUAUCGGAGCGUCUCCUUGCAGGUUAGUUUAUGGGAAAACGUGUCAUCUGCUGGUUGAAUUAGAGCAUAAAACAUAUUGGACAAUAAAAAAGCUCAAUCUUGAUAUGAAUCUAGCGGCAGAGAAGAGAUUUCUUCAAUUACACGAGCUUGAUGAAUUCAGACUAGGGGCGUAUGAGAAUGCAAAGCUAUACAAGGAGAAGACUAAGAGAUGGCACAAAAAGCAUAUCCAGCAUCGUGAGUUCGUGCCAGGGCAGCAGGGCAAAGGGAGGCACGGGAACUCGACACGAAUGCAAAACAGUAAGAAUCGAGAUCCAGGUACAAUGGUGACCAAGGGAAAAGGUAAGGUUGAUGAGUCGGGUCCCUCACAAGGUUUCAAGAGGAGUAGAAGGGGCAAGCACACUACUACUAAGAAAGGGGCAACAACUCGUAGUGGCAAGCAACCAGUGGUCCCUAUCCCUCAGCCUUCUUCCCAGAGGCCGCGGCCCACAUUCCACGGGACUGGUUUGGCAGAAGAAUGGUACAAAGAGUUCCCUCUGGUUGAUGGAUAUGUGCAUGAACGGGAUGUCAAUAAGGUAGCAUUGAAGAAAAAUUUAAGGGGAAUCUACAAUGAAAUAAUCAGAAUGGGCUGGAACUGGGUAUUUGAUAACCCAGGGCCGGUCAACAUUGACAUGGUUCUGGAGCUUUACUCCAACAUUAUUUUGUCAAGAACAGAGGGUGGCGAGCCUCAUCAUUCGGUGAAAUUGAGAGAUGAAUGGUGUCGUUGA